AAUCAACAACCAUAAAUGUCUUUGAAAUGUUGGAGGAAACCAGAGCACCCGGAGUAAAAACCCACGCGGGUCAAGGGGAGAACGUACAAAGUCUGCACUGACAGCACCUGUAGUCAGGAUUGACCUCCGGUCUCUGGCGGUGAGGCAGCAACUGUACCAUUGCGUCAGUGCCGUGCAGAAUUAUGUACGGUUUCCUCUGCCAUAAACGCACUCAAUAUGUGCUAGUAAUGUCCUGUUUGCCAGAUUGUUGAUUCUGUGUUCCCCUACAGAAUGGAGAGACGGGGAUGUGAGCGGCCAUUGAGGGUGGCCAGGGUGCCGGUGAGACCCACAUCUGCUCGGUGUGCGGGCUGAGCUUCGAGGGGCUGAGCUUCGAUGGAGGACCACAGGACGGGGCACAACAAGGAGAAGCGUUAUGAGUGUGACGUGUGUGGCAAGGCCUUGCAGAGCCCAAGCCAGCUGGAGAUCCACCGGCGGGUGCACACGGGAGAACGCCCCUUCGACUGCUCGGAGUGCGGCAAGAGUUUCAAGACGGCGAAUGAACUGGAGACCCACCGGCAAGUGCACACGGGCGAGAAGCCCUAUGGCUGCUCCACAUGCGGCAAGAGCUUUACCCAGUUGUCGGGGCUGCGGGAGCACCAGCGGGUGCACAGCAGUGAGCGGCCCUUCACCUGCUCCGACUGCGGCAAAGGCUUCAAGUCGUCCAAGGACCUGAAGGUGCACAGGCGGCUGCACACCGGGGAGCGGCCCUUCACCUGCAGCGACUGCGGCAAGGGCUUCACCCACUCCAGCAACCUGCUGGUGCACCAGCGCACCCACACUGGCGCGCACGCCUACACCUGCGCCCAGUGCGGCAAGAGCUUCACCCACUCCAGCAGCCUGCUGAAGCACCAGCGCACCCACACCGGCGAGCGUCCCUACACCUGUGCCCAGUGCGGCAAGAGCUUUACCCAUUCCAGCAGCCUGCUGAAGCACCAGCGCACUCACACCGGCGAGCGCCCCUACACCUGUGCCCAAUGCGGCAAGGGCUUCACCCGCUCCGACAGCUUGCUGGAGCACAAGCGCACCCACUCCGGUGAGCGCCCCCACACCUGUGCCCAGUGCGGCAUGGGUUUCACCAACUCCAGCAACUUGCUGAGGCACCAGCGCAUCCACACCGGCGAGCGUCCCUACACCUGCGCCCAGUGCGGCAAGGGCUUCAGCCAGUCCAGCAGCCUGCGGCAGCACCAGCGCACCCACACCGGCGAGCGCCCCUACACCUGCACUCAGUGCGGCAAGGGCUUCACCUGCUCCACCAGGCUGCUGUCCCACCAGCGGGAGCACGCCAGCGACUGUUCAGUCCACAGCCCAGUGUGUGGAGAGCGCUUUGCCAUGGCCUCGCAUGCCCUGUCUCACCAGCACGUGCACACCAGUGGCCAGCCCUACGACUGCCCGUACUGUGGUGAGGAGUUUGACAGCUCGCGGGGGUUGCGGCAGCACCAGCGGGUUCACGCCGGCGAGCAGCUGCUCCCACUGACAAGAGAGCAUGGGGGCUGCGGGAGCACCAGCGGGUACACACCAGAGAGAGACCCUUUGUGUGCGCUGAGUGUGGCAAGGGUUUCAUCAGCAUGUCCAGCCUGUGGCAGCACCGGCGUACCUACAGCGGUGAGCGUCCCUUCCCCUGCCCAUCCUGUGGUAAGGACUUUGCCCGCUCCUCCAGCCUGCUGGCACACCAGCACGUGGAAAGGCCCUGAUUAGUUAGACACAAAAGGCUGGAAGGAAUGGGCCACGGAGUUUGAAACGCCCCGUUCGCGGAGCUCGGAUUCAGCCGCGGGACUUGCUUACCAUCACCCGGCGGGGUCACAACAUCGGAGGCCUGGAUCGCCUCAGCGCAGAGGGAAGAGACAAGGACUUUGGGACUUUUUGCCUUCCAUCACAGUGUGGAGGUGCCUGGUGGACUCACUGUGGUGGAUGUUAAACUGUGUUGAGUGUGUGUUUUGUUAUUUAUUCUAUGUUAUGACUAAACCAUUUCAUUGCACUGAAAAGUGCAAUGACAAUAAAAUUGAAUCUGAAUAG